GACCGUUCAGACGAAGAUGCAGAAAAACUACGAAACCUUCAUGAAGCGAACAUCACAAAAGAGUACACGCUGGAAGAACUGCUGACAGACAGCAAUUGCAAGUAUUUCAUUAAAAAUAUUUAUCUCCAUUACAAAAACUUCAAAAUUAUAGUCACAGAAAUCGAGGCUCUCUUAGCGAUGGAAAACGGAGAGAGCACCACGAAUUACGAAGUGGAUGCGGCAACAGAAAAGCCAAGUGAAGAGGAUGAAGAGGAUCAGUUUGAAUUUCACAAUGGAACGGCUCAAAAUGGCAGAAUAUUGGGAGGCACAGCAGUCACGACGCAGACUUUUCCGCAGUACAAUUACCACGUAUUAAUUGUGAGCAAAACUGCCGCUGAUAUCGAUAGGUGGUUUUGCAGUGGCGCAUUAUUGUCGGCCACUUGGGCGCUGACCGCCGCACACUGCGUCGUAUUGGUUUCUACCAUUAAUGUUUAUCCUGGAACGUUCGAGGAUCCAUUGGCAGCUACCCCAUCGACAGCCACGGCCUUUAUUCAUCCCGCUUUUAGACUUAAUUUAAUGAUCAACGACAUCGCACUGCUGAAGAUUGGCACACCAUUGACGCUUAGUGGUACUAUUGGAACCGCUAGACUUUCACUCGUCAAACCCACUGCUGCCUUAGAUAAUGUCGCGCUUACGACCAUGGGAUUCGGUCCUAAAACUGAUGCACAAACUAUAACCCCGUCAGCCACAACUCCACCAACACUGAAUGUUGUCGAACUGACGAAUGUAAAGAAGUCCACGUGCAAUGCAAACACAAUUGAUGUUUACGUGACGUACCCAGGAAACACUGGAUGUUUGGGCACCUCUUCUGGAACCAAAGGAAUUUGCUUUGGUGACGAAGGUGCGCCUGUUCUUUACACAAGCCCAUCUGAAUCCACUGCCAAAAUUAUCGGCGUCACCUCCCAAAGGUUGGCUUGCCCAAGCGAUUAUCCCGGCUCUUUCACCUGGAUUUAUCCCUACAUUAGUUGGAUCACAGCCACGACUAGGAAAAAUUUCACGUAGUAUUUAUUGCUUCUCUAAGCUUGCUUUUUUAUAUUUAUUCUUGGUGAGUAAAAUGUGGAAAAAUAAAUAUUUUAAACCUGGUAAAUUCCGAACAAUUCCCAUUUCAGAAACCUUUAUUUAUCAAUAAUUAGGGCUGUGAAUUUUAGACGAUUUUUUUGGCCAAAAUAUUCGACUAUUUUUAGACUGUUUCUACAAGCAAAUUAGUCAGUUUUAGACGAUUUUUGUCAAUUUAGACGGUGUUAUUUUUUAUUAUUUCCUUUGCGUUUUUUUUUUAUAUUUCAUACAAAUGUAUGUUUAACGUAUGUUAUGUAUUAUAAUUGUAUUUUUCAGAGCCAAUUUACAGAUAAAUUGAGUUUGACAAUUAUUUGAAAUGGAAAAUCACUGGUAGUGUUUAGUUA